AUGGUCCAGUGUGACAAAUGCGACGACUGGUUCCAUUUCGACUGCGUGGAGGUAAGUCAAGCUGUAGAGAAUCAAGAUUGGCUCUGCUCGGACUGCUAUGGGAAGCAGCAUGCCAAGAACAAGAAAUCUACGAAACCAACUCCCCCAACGGUACCGCCCGUAAGUACACUUGCAACCAUUGUAACAACUGGAACACUGGUUCCCAAAAUUACGAGUACGUCCUCUAUUAACGUGACAAGCACGUUUGUUACGUCCUCUAUGAUAUAUACGCCAAAUACACUAGUUUCUCCAUACAUGUUUAAUGCACCAAUGCCACCCCAUUCGCUAAUGCCACCCUGUUCAUACGCGCAGUCUUAUUAUAUGAUGCCACCCAAUACGCCAAUGCAAUUAAAUACUUCUAUGCCACCAAUGCCACUGAUACAAUCAUAUCGUCUGUCAAAUCCGAGUAUUUCGUCGUCGGGAGUGAACUACUACGACCGUUGUUACACAGUGCCAUCCAGUUUCAUUCAGCCCAUUCCGUCAGUGCCCUAUCCAGUUGUGUCUAGUGAUGUGGAACCAACCACCAUUCCAAUAGGAGGACAACCUAAAGAGCUGCCGGAGCAACUGCAUCCACGAUUUCCUCCGAAGACCAAGAAACAAGUUUUGGAGGAUAACAUGAGCCAGUAUUCCGAAGUCAGUUCCAGAAGGUCCACCAAACAGAGACAGUUGAAGUUGCAACUGCAAAUGUUGGACGACGAACGGAAACUACAGGAAGCGGAAGAAGCAAGCAAACGCGAGUAUAUUCACACCCGCAACCAGCUGAUGAAGGAGAUAGUCAACGAGGAGGAUUCGAUUGUGGAUGCUGAUGAAGGACUGUCAGAUGAACGAGUAGCGGAAUGGCUUAACGACGAGGCUCCUGCAGAAGUUCCAGUUUCGCAGAACCAAAGUCAGCUACCGGUAUACCAGUCAGUGGUUGUUCCACAACUAACGAAUGUGUGGACGUCGGUCGGACAGAUGCAGAUCCAGGACCGAGUGAAGAAUGUCAAUCAUCAAUCGACCGCGGUGGUAAGCAAAUUUGUUCCUAUGUUACGCUCUACUCCGAGACAGAUGCCCUCAGGUUAUGAAAACGGCAGCAACCUAACACAUAGCCAAGUCGCUGCUCGACAAGCCGUGUCACGAGAACUCCCAGUAUUUAGCGGCUCGCCGGAAGAAUGGCCGUUGUUCUACUCCACGUUUACGACAACGACCAACAUGUGCGGCUAUACCGCAGAAGAGAACCUAAUGCGGUUGCAGAAAUGCUUGAGAGGGAAGGCGUAUGAAGCAGUAAACUGCCGCUUGAUGCAUCCGGCUAAUGUUGUUGGUAUCCUGUCCACAUUGAGGAUGUUGUACGGGAAUCCCGAGAUCAUCGUGCAGAAUUUGAUAUCCAAGAUCCAGUCAACUCCAGCGCCGAAAGCGGACAAAUUAGAAACACUCAUCGAGUUUUCCCUUGCAGUGCAGAACCUUUGCGUAACGAUCGAAGCUUGCGAGCUGGAAGAGUAUUCGUACAACGUUGCUCUUUUACAUGAGCUUGUAGAUAAGCUACCUUCAGGGUUUAAGGUGGAGUGGGCCAAAUAUCGCCGUAACCUACCACGAGUACAUCUUUCGAUAUUCGCAAAAUGGUUGUAUGAGCUAGCAGAAAUGGUGUGUCCGAUCGCAAAUUUGCAUGGUAGCGGGGCUAGAGCACCCCAGGGUAACAAGAAAAACUCAGCGUUCCUUAAUGCUCACAGUGGGGAGACGAGCGGCGGUACGACGGACGAGACGAAUCAUCAAUCCAAUUCGAACCGAUUUGGGGCUAACUCUAGGGAGUGCCUGGUUUGUAAGGGAAGUUGUCCUAAUGUGGAGAAAUGCCAGCGGUUCACUGAGCUUGGAUACAACUCUAAAUGGGCAACUGUGAAAGAGUUCGGGUUAUGCCGGAAGUGCCUACGGAAACAUAAGGGACCGUGUAAAUCAAAGCAAGUUUGCGGCACAAACGGUUGCACUUUCAAACAUCACCAACUGCUCCACAACAAUCAACGUGAAGGAGCGCUGCGUUCCGGUAGUAGGGACUCGCAUUCCGCCACGGUGGCACAAGACAUAUCUGUACGCGAAUGCAACGCUCAUCAUAAGGCCACGAACAAGGGACUGUUCAGAGUUGCUCCGAUCGUCAUCCAUGGCCCGGUUAAAUCCAUCAAAACUUUCGCAUUUCUCGACGAUGGGUCCUCACUAACUCUAGUGGACGCAUCGCUAGUGCAAGAGCUGAAGCUACAAGGAACGCCGGAACCGUUAUGCCUUAAAUGGACAGGUAACAAGCGGCGGAUGGAAAGUGACUCAAUGGACGAGGUUGGACCUCGAAGUUUCAGGAACGGGAGAGACACGGAGUUGAUGUGCAAAGAAUAUCCCCAUCUACGAGGAAUCCCCAUCGAAUCGUACAUAAAUGUACAGCCUCGGAUCUUGAUCGGAAUCGAUAAUGCCAACCUGACAUUCCCACUCAAGGGAAGGGAAGGCAAGAUGUACGAGCCGAUCGCAACGAAAACGCGACUCGGAUGGAUUAUUCACGGAGGUUCGAACACCGGAGAGGCUGUUGUGGGACAUCAUAACCAUAGCGUUCAGACAUGUCCAUGCAGCGAACGAUCCGAUGGUAUGUUGCAGCAAGCCGUACGUGAAUACUUUUCUCUGGAUGGACUGGGAAUUUACAGACCGGAGAAGCAACUUUAUUCCGUGGCAGACCAGCGUGCGCAGCAGCUUAUGCAGUCAGCGUCAAAGACAGAGAGUGGGCGAUAUGAAGUUAGCCUGUUAUGGAAGUUCGACGAAUUCCGACUACCCAUCAGCAAACCUGUAGCUCUACGGCGCUUCCACUGCCUAGAGGCCAGAAUGAAGAAACAGCCGGAGUUGGCCCAAGUAUUGCGGGCGAAGAUCGAAGAUUAUCGUAAGAAGGGGUAUAUCAGAAAGCUGUCGGACGAAGAGCUGCAAGUUCCACAAGAACGAGUGUGGUAUCUCCCGUUGUUUCCAGUGUUCAACCCGAAUAAACCUGGGAAGGUGAGAAUUGUGUGGGACGCGGCUGCAAAAACUAAUGGUGUAUCGCUGAACUCGAUGCUGCUGACAGGGCCGGAUCUACUGACGCCUCUGUACUACGUGCUUUUCCGGUUCCGAGAGUUCCGCGUGGGACUUAGUGGUGAUGUGAAGGAGAUGUACUUGCAAAUGGCAAUGUCCAAGAAGGAUCAGCACUGCCUCAGGGUGUUAUGGUGUGAUGACGCAUCUGGAGAACCGAGCACCUACGUUACGCAGGUUAUGCCGUUCGGUACCUGUUGUUCGCCAAGUUGUGCGCAAUUCAUCAAAAAUCUCAACGCAAGCAAGAUCGAAGGGCAGUAUCCAGUGGCCGCGCAAGCCAUUAUCAAACAGCACUACGUGGACGAUAUGCUGGUGAGCGUCGAAUCUGAACAGGAGGCGAUCCAGUUAGCAAUGGAUGUGAAAUUCUUGCACGCCCAGGCUGGAUUCGACAUGCGAAACUGGAUUUCUAACUCCCCUGCAGUUAUGAAAGCCCUGAAGGAGAAUAACAAGGACGAAAUCAGUCUAAACAUCGGAGCAGAGCUGACGACCGAGAAGGAAGUAUGGCGAUCCGGAAUCGGCUGGGAUGAGGUGAUACCAGAAUGUCUUAACGAAAAGUGGGAGAAAUGGCUGGAGAUCCUACCCAUGGUACAGACUAUCAGCAUACCUCGCUGUUACCGGUCUGCAACGCAGUUGAGCCCGCAAACGAACAUCCAGCUACACACGUUCGUCGACGCUAGCUUGUCAGGUUACGCAGCGGUCGUCUACCUACGUUUCGAACAGGGCAGUACUGUGGAGCCGCAGUCAUUGGAGUCGCAGUCGCUGUCGUUCAACGUUCACCAGCGGUUCUUUUGGAGUGACUCGAGGGACGUCUUAUGCUGGAUCCGGUCAGACCAUCGCAGAUAUUCGCAAUUCGUUGCCUUCCGUGUCAGUGAAGUCUUGGAAACCACGGGAAUUACUGACUGGAGAUACAAGUGCUCGAAAGAGAACGUUGCUGACGAAGCUACAAAAUGGCAGGGGUUUCCCGAUCUCACCGAAGACAGCAAAUGGUUCAAAGGUCCAAAAUGCUUGUGGGAGCGCAGUGAUAGCUGGCCAUCAAAUCCAUACGAAGAUGAGCAUACCGAGGAAGAACUACGUGCAAACCUGUUUCAUCAUCGAGUUGAACCCGAACCAAUCAUCACCGUUCAAGACUACUCUCAAUGGGAGCGGUUGCUUCGCGCCACAGUCACAACAUUAAGAGCAGCACAACGGCUUCGCAGCACAACGGAAGAAGCAGAAGGCAGCAAAGGAUCUCUCACGGACGAAGAAUUGAAGCAGGCCGCCAACUAUCUGUACCGACUGGCUCAAACAGAAGGAUUUCCGGAUGAAAUGGGCGUUCUAAGGGCUAAAGUGGACAACAAGGUGCUACCCAAAUCAAGUUCGAUCUACACACUCAAUCCGUUCCUGGACGAGCAACACAUACUACGAAUGCAAGGCAGAAUCAGUGCAUGUGAGUACGCUUCCAUGGAUGCUAAGAAUCCGAUUGACAGGCACAGGCCGGGAUCUAUGAGCGACCGGCGACAAGGCUCGCAGUUCUAG